AUGAAUGCAGAGGCUAUCAGGAGUCGCAUCGUCGCGACCCUGUCCCCGGAGACCAACGUGCGACGGGCUGCCGAGUUGGAGCUGAAGCAGGCUGAGUCCCACGCUGGCUUUUGCGACGUUCUUCUCGAUAUCCUCGCCAACGAGACAGAAGAUGCUGUCAGGCUAUCAUCCGUCAUUUACCUCAAGAACCGAACGAAUCGUGCGUGGGCAAAAAGCGACCACUGGCCCGAUGAGCCAGUUCUAGCCGAAGAUGAAAAGCAGAGAUUUCGCGACCGCAUCUUGCCCAUUCUGGCCGCCUCGCAUGGCCCCGUCCGCCAGCAGCUUCUGCAGAUGAUCCAGCGCAUCCUGCAUUUUGAUUUCCCAGGAAAGUGGCCCAGCUUCCUCGACGUCACCCUGCAACUACUCCACGCCGACACCGCGCCUGCUGUCCUGGCUGGUCUGCAGUGCUUACUCGUCACUUGCCGCGCCUACCGCUUCAAGGGCAACCAGGACCCCAGCAAGAACGAGUUUGAGAAGAUUGUUGAGGCCAGCUUCCCUCGCCUUUUGCAAGUAUGCAACGAGCUGGUUGGUCAGGAUAGCGAAGAGGCUGGUGAGAUGCUUCACAUUGCCCUCAAGGCUUACAAGCAUGCCACAUGGCUGGAAUUGCCCAGCUUUCUCAGACAACGCGACGUCAACAUUGGCUGGUGUACAGUAUUUCUCCACACGAUUUCCAAGGCCGCACCUCCCGCGGCCAUGUCGGACGAUUUAGAUGAGAGAGAGCGCCACCACUGGUGGAAGGCCAAGAAGUGGGCUUACUUCAACCUGAACCGUCUUUGGAUCCGACAUGGCAACCCGACUGCCGUCUCGACGCAGAGUGAGGAGCUCAAGGCCUUUGCCAAGGAUUUUACAAACACGAUCGCACCUGAAAUUAUGAAGCACUAUCUCCAGGAGGUUGAGAAAUGGGUUGCCAAGACUGCCUGGCUCAGCAAGCCUUGUCUGUCCUACACUCUCGUCUUCCUUGACGAAUGUUGCCGACCCAAGGAGAUGUGGGCUCACCUGAAGCCGCACUUGACCAAUCUAGUUACCCACCUAGUGUUCCCCGUCCUGUGCCUUACUUCGGAGGACGUUGAGAAGUUCGAGGACGAGCCCGAAGAGUACCUACACCGAAAACUGAGUUUCUACGAAGAAGUCUCGUCACCCGAUGUGGCUGCUACGAACUUCCUGGUCACUUUGACCAAGGUCAGGAGAAAGCAGACGUUCGAGUUGUUGCAAUUCAUCAACAGUGUGGUCAAUGAAUAUGAGGCUGCUGCUGCGGAUGCGAAGAACCACAUCGCCAAGGAGGGUGCCCUGCGCAUGAUCGGCACCCUGGCACCAGUCCUCCUCGGCAAGAAGAGCCCGAUUGCGGAUCAGGUCGAGUACUUCCUCGUGCGAUACGUUUUCCCCGACUUCAAGAGCACACAGGGAUAUCUUCGCGCCAGAGCCUGCGAUACUAUUGAGAAGUUUGAACAACUGAACUUUAAGGACCAGAACAACUUGCUUAUAAUCUACCGCCACAUUCUGGAUUGUAUGGCCGAUACGGACCUGCCCGUCCGCGUCACGGCUGCUUUGGCUCUGCAGCCUCUCAUCAGACAUGAUACGAUUCGAAUCAGCAUGCAGCAAAGUAUUCCUACCAUCAUGCAGCAACUGCUGAAAUUGGCCAAUGAGUGCGACAUUGACGCACUGGCUAACGUGAUGGAGGACUUCGUUGAGGUAUUUGCUGCCGAACUGACUCCAUUUGCCGUGGCUCUGAGCGAGCAACUGAGAGAUACGUAUCUGCGCAUCGUCCGUGAACUCUUGGACAAGAACGCCGCCAAGGGUGACGAUGAUGAGUAUGGUGACUACCUGGACGAUAAGAGCAUCACUGCGCUUGGUGUUUUGCAGACUAUCGGCACCUUGAUCCUGACUCUGGAGAGCACACCAGAUGUUCUCCUCCACAUUGAAGCAGUGCUUAUGCCAGUCAUUGAGAUCACCUUGGAGAACAAGCUUUAUGACCUGUACAACGAAGUAUUUGAAAUCAUUGACUCGUGCACAUUCGCUGCCAAGAGCAUUUCGCCCACCAUGUGGCAAGCUUUCGAAUUGAUCCACCGCACAUUCAAGUCCGGUGCCGAGCUCUAUCUCGAGGACAUGCUCCCAGCACUGGACAACUUUGUGCAGUACGGUGCUCCCCAUCUUGCACAGAAGCCCGAAUAUGUCAAUGCACUGUUCGGCAUGGUUCAGGAUCUUUUCGACGACCCUAAGGUGGGUGGCGUCGAUCGUAUUUGCGCUUGCAAGCUGGCCGAGGCUAUCAUGCUCAGCCUGCGUGGUCACAUCGACCAAUGCGUUAGUGGCUUCAUUUCCAUGGCCAUGGCGGUUCUCAACGGACACGAGAUCAAAGUCAAGUCCUACAAGAUCCACUUGAUGGAAAUGAUCAUCAACGCUAUCUACUACAACCCUGUCCUGGCGCUGCAUGUGCUCGAAAGCAACGGAUGGACAAACAAGUUCUUCAGCUUGUGGUUUGGCAACAUGGAUGCAUUCAGCCGAGUGCACGACAAGAAGCUCUGCAUUGUUGCCAUUGUUGCUCUGCUUCAACUCAACCCCGACCAGAUUCCUCAGAGCGUACAAACUGGCUGGCCAAGACUACUUCAAGGCGUAACGAUUCUCUUCCGGACGUUGCCGAGCGCAAUGAAGAACAGAGACGAUGCAUUGAAGGAUGAUUACACCUAUGAUGCUGGCAGUUACGAUUAUGAUGACGAAGACGAGUGGGCUGAGGAGGAUACCAACUGGCAGUUGGAGGAGAAGCCCGAGGAAGAGCCCCAAGAAGGCCGUGACGAGAGCACAGCCUAUCUGGAGUUCCUCAAUGAGGAGGCUGCGAAAUUCAGCCGCCUGGAAAACCAGUACCGGGAUGCCGAAGACUCUGAUGAUGACCUCGGUGAGGACAGUGUUCUGCUCGAGUCUCCGCUCGAUAAGCUUGAACCCUAUCAGCUUUUCAGACUUGCAUUGUUGAAAUUGCAACAGGAGCAACCACAGCUCUACGGAACACUUACUGCACCGCUUACGGCUGAUGACCAGGCCGUCAUCCAGAGCGCAGUUCACCAAGCAGAAGUCAAUGAACAGGCUGCUAUCCAGCUUGCGGCACAAGCAGCACAGAACCCUCAAGGUCUCCCAGCUAACGGAGGAGUAAAUUAG